AUGGAUAACUCUAGUGCUAUCCACUCCUACGUCCGCCCGAACACUCACAUAGUGCUGCGACUACCUUCAGGCCUGUCGAAGAUAGUCGAGAUCCAACCGAAUACCACCAUAUCCAUAGGCAAAUUCGGCGCAUUCUCCGCAAACCUCCUGCUCGGCCGGCCAUACUACCUCACCUUCGAGCUCUCCGACCCAGAGGAUGGAGUACUAUCCACAGAGCUACGCGUUGUAUCCCCCACGGAACUCCACGCAGAAGCCCUCUCCAGCAACCAUGCGACACCCGCCGAAUCCCGCGCCGAGGCGGCGGACGACACCGGCGGCGUGGAAUUCGACAUCGUGGGCGAGAACGGCGACGUCCUGAUGCGCAGUAACCGGCUCACCGUCGACGAUCCGACGCGCCAAGCUCUGUCUAUGGAAGAGAUCGAGGAGCUCAAGCGAGCGGGCUCGGGUUCGGGAAAGGACAUUGUCGCGAAGAUCAUGGCGAGCCACCAGGCGCUGGGCGAGAAGACGUCGUUCUCGCUCGCCAAGUACACGCUGCGGAAGACGAAGAAGUACAUGAAGCGUUUUACGGUCCUGCCGCUGGACGUGUCGAUGUUGGCGCAAAUACUGCUGGAGAGGGAGGCGCCGAGGAUCAUGGAGCUGAGGGAGGAGAUGCUGGGGUUGAUCAGUGCUUGGGCGAACGUGCACUACAGCGGUGACAGCCGAGACUCUACAAACGGGUCUGGUGUCGGGAGGGUAGGGGGCGGGAGGUGGCUCGUUGUGGACGACACCGGGGGGCUGGUCGUGGCGGCUCUGGCGGAGAAGAUGGGGAUACUGUAUCCGGAAGAGGCGGACGAGGAAGAGACACUACCCGAACAAGAGACCACAACGGAAUCGCAUCCCUCACAAGCACGGCCAGUAGAACCAGCCCUCAGCGCCGACGCACAAUCACCACCCCCACCAUCAUCCGACCAAGCGAUGCCCGACGCGCCUCCAACCUCCCACCCCCUCUCAACAUCCGACCCAACCCCCUUCUCUCCCUCCCACACACGGCGUCCUCACCCCACCAAUGCACCCCCCGCCAUGUCCGCCCCAACCAACACCCUCACCCUCCUGCACACACACGCGCAACCCAACCUCUCCCUCCUGCGCUACUUCUCCUACGACGCCUCCCUCACUCAUCCCCCCACAACCACUCACCCCCUGCACACGCACCUCAAAACGCUCUCCUGGCUACAACUCCUGCACCCCUCGUCUGACGCCGCCUAUACCGAACCUCUCUUGGUUCCCGAGGCCGAGCUCGCGACCUGGAAGGCGGGGAAGAGGGGGACGUACUACCGCAAGCGGCGGCGGUGGGAGCGGGUUAAGCGAGUCGUGGACGAGACGCGCGCGGGCGGGUUUGAUGGGUUGGUUGUUGCGAGUUUGCUGGAUCCGGUCGGGGUGUUGAGGGCUUGUGUGCCGUUGCUGAGGGGCGCGGGACAGGUUGUGGUUUAUAGUGCGACUGUGGAGCCGUUGGUUAGGGUUAUGGACUUGUACUCGAGGGAGAGGAGGACGGCGUGGGUGGUUAGGCAGCAGCAGCAAGGUCAGCAGCAGGGGAGAGGGGCGGCAGGUGAAAGUGGUGGAGUAGGGGAUGAGAAGAAGGUCAAGAGGGAGGCGGUGAAUGGCACCGAGGACGUGGAAGCGGAAGAAGCGGACGAGGAUUUCCCGGUCAAUCCUACGCUGCUGCUGUCGCCGAUGCUGCAGACGGCGAGGGUAAGGAGCUGGCAGGUCCUUCCUGGACGGACGCACCCGCUCAUGACGGGCAGGGGCGGCGCCGAAGGCUACCUCUUCACUGCGACAAGGGUGUUCCCUGUGGAGGGAAAGGUCGAAGCCAGGGGCAAGUUCUCCAAGAAGAGGAAGGUUGAACCAACUAACGGAGCCGCGUGA